AUGAAAUUUCUAGUUUCUAACUAUAUCACAACAAUUGGAGUGGAUUUCAAGAUACGUACUGUAACAAUCAAUGGGCAACGUGUGAAAUUGCAAAUUUGGGAUACAGCUGGCCAGGAACGAUUUCGUACCAUCACUUCCACCAACGUGAAACGAUGGUUACAUGAAAUUGAUACAAACUGUGAAAAUGUCCAGAAAGUCCUUGUUGGGAACAAGGCGGAUGAUCCAGAACGAAGAGUGGUACUGGAAGCGGAUGCUCGUAGAUUUGCAGAAACAAUGAGAAUUCCAUUUUUUGAAACGUCUGCCAAAGAAAAUUUCAAUGUCGAAGAGAUGUUCAACUGUAUAACUCGAUUAGUGCUGGAAGCAAAACUCCGAGCGCCUCAGCUAGGUGCAGGAGAAAGUGGUGUACGACUUGGUGUUUCUAGUCCUAGACGGCAAGAAAAGAAGAAAUGUUGUAGCUGA